AGACGCGGUAUCGGCAGCUUUUUUAUAAAUUAUAAAUGAAUAAUAAUGGCUUCUACUAGUACUAAUCACGUAUACUACGAAGACAUUCCACCUGGUACUCUCAAUGAGGAGGAUUUUAUUUGCACCGAAAAAAUUGUGCCAAGAAAAAUAAAACCUCAAAAUAUUGUAGUUCGACUUAUGGAUAGAGAAAUUUACGGCUCCCGGCGACCAGGGGCACAUUUUCAUGUUGUCCGUGAAUACUAUCAAAAUGUUUUUCCAAAUUUGACCAUAGUCAAUGUUGAAAAGCCACCGUGCUUCCUAAGAAAAUUUAGUCCAGACGGGAAACAUUUCAUCGCGUUUUCUGCAGAUCAAAUGUCUCUAGAAAUAUAUGAGUAUCAGGGUGCAGCUGCUGCCGGAGACUUGGUUGCUGGUUAUCCUCUGGACUUGUUAAAUGCUGAUGCUGACGUUCAUUACAGGAUAAGAACGCACAUAUUUUAUAGGUUUUUUAAGCCAAAAUUCACAGUGAAUGUGUGCGUGCAAAGAGUGUUCGAGAGGCUACCGAACCACCCACCGAUGGAGCAACAACUGAACAGAGAGUGUAGCCUGUUCACAGAAGAUGGCCGCUAUGUGAUCAUUGGCUCGGCUGCUCAUAUCCCUGAUGACUUGAGACCUCACUUCUAUCAUAUACAUAGUAACAAUGAAGCAGUAACACCAACUAUAAGGUCUGCUUUGGAGGACUACUCCCUUCAUUUAGUAGAUUUACACCAUGGAAAGUUGUGUGACACCAAACAUUUUAGAAUAGACAAAAUCUAUUUAUCACACAAUCAAGGCAUUUAUCUGUACAAAGAAGUGUUGGCGGUGUUAUCAGUGCAACACCAGACUAUACACCUGUUUCAAAUUGUAGACGGAAUGCUGAUAGAAAUCAGGAAAAUCGGCAGGUUUUGUUACGAUGAUGAUCCUUUCCUAGUAAACUCAGUGUUUGCGCCACCAGCUAAUGAGAGGCCGUUCCAUGAGGAGACAAUAAACAGCCUAAAGCAUAGACUACUUGUGUUCUUGUUUAAAAGAGCCAAGUCCAUCAGCGAUGAGACAAAGGAUCCUCUCGAAUUAAGGAAGUUUUAUAAAUACUUUGACAUGUUUAAAAGCUUAAGGAUGUGGAAGAUGCAGUUGUUAGAUGAAGACCAUUUAUUUAUAAAAUACGCGAGCGAGGAAGUGGUCACACUGAGGGUGGCUGAACCAAAUAGUCAAUCAUCAUUUUUCGUCAUUUACAAUAUUAGUCAAAGUAAAAUACUGGAAGUGUAUGAGAACACAUCAGAGGGGCUGUUGCAAUUAUUUGAGAAUUAUUGUGACUGCUUUAGAAAUGCCAGACUCUGUGCAGAUUCACAGUUCACUUGUUCCCCUUCCAACAACUUGUAUGCUAGACUGACACAGCAGAGAUUUAAACAAACCAUAGUGAGAGCCAUCUACGGCGGCCGGACAGAAGCUACAAAAAGGAUACUAGCUCAACUACCAAUAAGUGCACAGUCUUAUAGUGGAUCUCCUUACCUAGACUUAGGAUUAUUUAGUUAUGAUGACAAAUGGGUAUCAGUUAUGGAAAGGCCUAAAGCUUAUGGAGAAUAUCCCAUCAGAUUUUACGCCCGCGACUCAGGCCUGCUCAAAUUCAAGAUCUACGCGGGUGUGUUGGGUCAGUCGGUGCCGGCGUCGGCGCGCCGCCUCGUCGCCUUCACGUUCCACCCCACCGAUCCCUUCGCCAUCUCCGUACAGCGCACCAACGCAGAGUACAUCGUCAACUUUCACAUCAGGAACGCUGUGUUGAGCUGACGUCCACUGUGCCCCCAUAGAGCGGCUCAACUGGCUGGUUUUACCCAUUGGCAUAGACUGGCAUAGGGACUGGCUUUACGGGCAAUAAUAAUUAGGCAUGAGAGGAGCCAGUACAGCGGUGUGAAAGCGCUACAGCGCGAUUGGCUGAUGAGUUCGCAUCACGCGCGCCAUUGGUUGACGAGUUCGCAUUACGCGCGCUAUUGGUCGCAACUAGUUGCGUCUGCACGAUUGGCUGGAAUUCGUGAGUAACAGCUGAGCUAGUACCAUUUUUAGUGCCCCAUUAGCCCGUCCUUAGAUAUUAUACGUCAAUGGUAUUAGAGCUAAUAGCUAGUUGGAUUGUGACAAUGUUUGUUGUGAGAUGUGUGGCAAUUGGCAGAAAACUUUAUCACUCACUUUUGAGUAUACAUAGUUCAUUUAGCGCGCUAAGAAUUUAGGAUAGUGAAUUUCUGUAUAAUACAUGUAUAUGCUUUAAUGUAGAAGUGAUAAUAAUGUUGAUUGUUAUAAUCCUGUAUAAUAUUUAAGAAUGACUAAUUUUACUAAACUAAUGGUAAGAAAUAUUUGUAUUAUAAAUGUUACAUUGUUCAGAACAAAAUGUAAGUAACCACUUUUGGAUUAUGCCUCUUGUUCAAAUCUUUCGGAAAACGGAAACGGUCCGAAAGUAAAAAAAAAACUUUUCAAGAAAUAUGUUAUAACCUA